AUAAGCCGCGUCAAGACGAAACUGUCACGGAAAAAUGAAAAAAUAUAAACAGAUUGUCAAAAAAUAUCUUUGACUAAAAAUUCAAAUCUUGAAGUGAACAUCAAAAUUAUUGCGUGAUAAUAUGUUGCCGGAGUGAUAGGAGGAAAUUUUCGUGAGGAAUAUGAGGGUGUCUGGGCCUGUGGCAUGAUGCUGGGGGCGGAGGCACCUCGCCCUGACAGCUAUGUGGACCUGGGCUACCAAUACCCAAGGCCUAAGCAUAAAUCUGGAGCCCUAUCCCCCCAUGGAACCCCCACUACCCUUUGUGCUCUAGUCUUCUUGCCCCUCGUCUGUGCUAUGUUAUUGUCGUGCCAGAUUUCUAACAGUCUGAUGUCCGAAAUGGUGCUGAAGAUUUGUGACGUUUCCGAGUGUUAUUGGAUCUUCGUGGCAUCUGUUGUCACGUAUAUUCUUGUCGCUGCAGUGUCGAUAUGCUAUUUUGUUGCUAAAGAAGAAGUGAAACAGAUGCCAAUGAUAAAGCCAAUUGAGUGGAACUUGAAUUAUAAAAUAAAUACAUUUCCAAUUUCAUCAUGGACCAACACGGGCAUAUAUGUUGGUAUAUGUGAGCUGCAUAAAAACACCAUGGAUAUUAUUGCGUCUUCGGUAAAGAAAGCUGUCAACCUUAUACAUUCUGACUCUUUGUCUGAUCAUAGGAGGGAUCAAAAUAACUCCAGUGAAAAGAAAUCGUCACGACCACCCAGCAUAGUCCUGUCUUCGUCAAGUAAAAGAAGGACAAGAAAAAGUGAAACAUAUACACAUAAAAAUAUUUUAAAAACAGAUGAUUUCUACGUGUAUAGUAUGAUGGUAAAUACAAUGCAUCGUAAGCACACACGGAAAAAGAAAAAGUGUAAUAAACAAAUUAAAUUAACAAAAUGUAUCAGUGAUUCUAGUUCAGAGUCAAGUCCAAGAAAAGAAACCAGUAGUUACGAUGUGGAUAAUAGCCAAAGAAGUAAUUCUUCCACUAUAGAUUCAAGUGAAACUAAAAGUUUAAGCGACGGUACGUCUAACGUAACAGGCAAAAUAAGCAAAGAAUUAUCGAAUUCAACCCUAUUAUGGGGUUCCAUCUGUAGACGUCCUGGCAUUUUCGAAUCCAGCUCUGAAUCAAAACUAGAUACACUAAAUUCAUCGAGCUCUAUUAUAAGCUUAGGAAACAGAAAAACUAAGAAAAAGAAGAAACACAAACGGUUUUCUUCGUCGGAAUCUUUUGACACUGUGAGUUUUGAAGAAGAAAUGUCUUACGAAUCCAUUUUCAGCUCAGGCAGCUACGCGUCUACCGAUCCUGGUACAAUGCAAGAAGAGUCUGAACCAGACACUUCUUCUGAAUAUGAUACUGCAAAUGAAACCAAUACAUUGGAAAUAUACACAUCACAGACAUCAGUAAACGAAAAAAAUGAUUCUGAUGAUACACCAGAAGAAAGCUCAACACCAAACACAGAAGUAGAGAGUUCAGAAAUACGAUCGAGCAGCAGCUUUGAUUUAACAAACACCUGUUCUUCAACGGUAUCUUCCACAGAUAGUCAAAAAAGAAGUUUUUUUAGAUUCGAUAAAAGAUUUUCAUUUCCUUGGCAAAGAAACAAAAAAGAAGAUGCUAUUUAUAGUACUCACAUAAAAAAAUCUAAAUUUAAAUAUGGUACUGGAAAAAGUAAGAGAAAUAAGCAAGUGGAAUCGUCCACGGUUGAAGAGGAAACUGAAGAAACAGUGAGUAUUGAGAGUAAAAGUUCCGUAGAUACACUAAUACAAUCAACAUCUUCGAAUGAUACUAUAACAGAAGAGUGUAACUGGACCAAAGGUUUGAAAUACGAUAAAAGGAUAACCACUCUUUGGCACAGAAGGUAUAAAAGUGGGGAAAGAGUAGCUAAGAGUAUAGUUGACAACUAUAUGCCAUUAAAACCUAGAUUAAAAGGCAGAAAUGAAUUGUUCGAUAAAAAAGAAAAACGGGAUCCAGUACCUCUUGGAGAGUCUCAAGAAAUAGUUAGCAUUUGUAAAUGGUCUUCAAAUUCAAAGGAUUACAGUGAUCGAAGAGAUAAUAAAGUCAAGAAACUCUGUCGAAAAAGGCCAAAAAAGCGUGAAACUAUAUAUGCUGCUUAUGUUAACACUAAACAUUGUGCUUAUAAUCCAAAGAAGAUAAGGAAAGGGAAAGUGGUAGUUAAAUCAAAGCGAAAAGUACCCACGACAGCGACGUCAAAUGAACCUUCAGUUCAGAUUGCAAAAAAUCAACAAAUGUCUAAUGCAGUUAGUAAACUUUCAAUAAAUACGAUGAGAAACCAGAAGUUGGCAGAUUUUAUGAAGUUAGAUUGUCUAUCAACAAUGCCUUGGCGAAGGAAAAAGGAAGAAACGGUACAGAUAUUAAGAAUUAUCAAGGAUGGCAACGCAGAGAGAUCGAAAGCUUUAGAAAAAUUAAGAGCUGAGAGAGAAGCGGCUUUGAAAAGAACAAUCAUGGGUAACAGGACUAAAAAUAUUACAAAAUUCUGGUAACAUAUUGUAUUUAUAAGGUUAAAUAAAAUUUGGCAUUAUUUUUACACUCUUUCAAA